AUGAGAACAACGAUGGAAAAUGAAAGAUCUGGAGAAAACACUGAUGAGCUGCUCUCUGUAGAUGUGGAUGAGGGGGUUGAUGUUUACGGGCUUAUACCUCUGGCAUUGUCCCAUGAUCACUGUGAUGUACUACUGGACGCCAUAGACACACAACUGAGUCAUCUACAGAUCCACAGCCAAAGCCGAAUGCAUGGAGCCUUUCCUUUCUUGGGUUAUCUUGAUCGGAGUCAGUCUGUAAGUAAAGACACAGGCUUGGGUAGCACUGUUCCAACCAAUGAUAAAACCCCAUCCAACCUUGACAGGAUUCAGUCAGAAGGCAAAGAUGACAAAACAGAGCAUCAGACAAUGGAGAUGAUAAAGUUUGGCGUCACAGCUACAGAUGUGUGGCGUCCUGAGAAAAGUGGCAGCUUGAGCUCCGUGUCCAGGGUAGAGCAGUGUUGUUGGAGACUGGAGAGGCUUCUUGGGAGAAAUGCUGAGGUGGCAGGGGUGGGAAACGAGGAGGACGACGUCACGAUGGACAGCGUCUGCACUGAGGACUUCUCAACACGCUUUGGAGAGGAAAUGUUGGUCCUGCCAGCCUCAGUCGCCACAGACCUCACUGAGCCCCAGAGGAGCCCUUACCAUGAAAGAUCUAAGAAUGAUCCAGAACAUCCAUGCAGAACACCUUUGAGGCACCUCACAGGAAUCCCCAUGCAGAGUUUUGAUUCAGUCACCAUAGACACUGAUCUGGACACAGUGUGCUCAGAACAUGUUCGACAGCACCUGAAGUCUGGAAAUAGCAACAGGACAACCUUUCAUCUGAGCAGAGGAAAUGGAUGCUGUACAGGACAAACCAGCCCAUUUCAAAACGAUCUUCAAUCCUUCAGCUCUGAUGAUGAGAGAACUGUUGAGGAGACGAGUAGUGAAGGUGCUGUGUCAAAGCUUGACUGCAGAAGAAGGAGACAUUCAUCUGGCAGGAAGGGGAAAAGGAGACGUUUAUACCGAAGCAAAAGGAAUGAUUCCCACAUUAACACAAAGAGAGAUUGGGAGAAGAGCAGAGUAGAUGGAGAUCAACUCAAUGAGCUGAGCAUGUCACUUAUUGAGCUUCAACGGCAAAAAACAGCCACACUUCAUAUUCUGGAGAAGCUGAGAGAGGAAAUGGAUCGAGCUAAGAGAGGGCAUCUCUCUCUACAGCUCAGUGUGAGGGACAGCAGAGCCCAGGCCCAGAACAUCACGUGUGAGCUACAAAGACUGCAGGCCCAGAGGAACUUAUGCUUGGAGGAGGUCAGGGUUCUGCAGGAGCAACAGUGUGUAAGCCGCAGUGUGUCUGUUCUGGAGAGGGAGGAGAUGGACAGACUGCUGGAUAAUGCCAAAUCAGAACUGUUCUCAGAACAGAGGCGUUUCAGACACACACUGGACUCUAUGCAGGAGAGGCUGGAUGAGGUGAAUCAGGAGCUGGAGCAGAGCGAGGAGGACUGCAGGGCUCUCCGACAGAAAUGCACUGAGCUGAAGGAGCAGCUGGCUGAUACGAUCAGAGAAAAAGAACAAAUAAAGGAGUCUUUACAAAAAGAUCUAGAGCAACGAGUGAAGCGUUUUGGCGUGCUGGAGCGAAUCGUUGCCCAGAAGGAGCUGCUUUUGCAGGGGACCGAAGAAACAAAGGAAGCCCUUCUUCAGGAGCUCUGUUCACUGAGAGAGGAGCACAGCUUUAAACUGAGAGAAAUACAGAGCAAGACAGUAAGAUUUUUUAACACUCAAAUUGAGCAACUGAUGUUGCAGUUAACCAAAAGCCACAAAGAGGAGCUUCAAAAGGUGCAUCAGCAGGCGGAUGAGUUGAGAUCAGCUGCUCUCAGUGACCAGGCUCAGACUCACAAACAGAGCCUGGAGUCCUUGCACAACUGCAUCCAGAUGAAAGAUGAGGAGAUAAAGAGACUCAAAGAGGCUCUAGAGCAGCAUGAAGAGAAGAUGAGGAGGCAAGCAGAGGAACUCAAAAGAGAAACUCAGGAAAAGAUUCGAAAGGCUGUGAAACGAGAGGAAAGGAAGUGGGAGGAACAGAGAGAUAAGGCUCUUAAAGAGCAGCGUGGGACUCUGGAGCAGCAAAUAGAGGAGGCAGUGAGGAGAGGGAAAAUGGAAGUGGAGAAGGAGAGAAGGAAUGCACUGGCCUUACAGAGUCAAGUGACUGAGCUUCAGAAAGAUUCAGAGAAGGAGGUGGUGCGUCUGAAGCAAACUUUGCAGCGGUCUGAAAAAGAGCUUCAGGAGCUGAGGACAGCCCUCUCUGAGAAAGACCAAAAACACAAGAGAAGAACAGCCAGACUUGAGCAGCUGAGCAAACUCUGGGCGCAGGACAUACACAGCGAGUGUGUUUGCUUGCAGGAGUUACUUAAACACAGUGGCCUAGCUGCUGAAAACAAGAACUCAUCAGACAGUCCUACAGUGAGUGAAACUCUUCAGACCCUGCAGUCCCUUACAAAGGCCCUACAUCAACAUAUUAAUGAUCUAAAAAAUGAGCUCAACUCACAGAGACGAGCUGUACUGCAGCUCAGCCGAGAAAAGGAGCAAGAGCUACAUCUGCAGAAAAAGCAGCUGAUGGAGGAAAAGCAACACGCACUGGCUGCUCUAAAAGAGAAACUCAUCCAGGAGCACAUUGAGGAAAUGAGCGGCAUAUCUCGAGCACAGCUGCGCAUGAACAAUGGUGAUACAGAUGAACCGUGUGUCCAUCUGCGCAGGCAGCUGCGGGCUAAAGAUGAUGAGCUCAGACAGGUGCAGAACAACAUGGCACAGUGGAAAGACAAAACCACUGCAAGACUUGCACACAAAUUUGAGCUGGAGAGGAGGGUCCCAAAGCCCAGAGCAGAGCAGCAGAAGAGAUUGGAGAGACUGGAGAAUGAGAUGAGACAUCUGACUGGGCAAUGCCGAGACUACAACGAACCCCAGUCGGCACCCCCUGCUCUUCAGGGUGACACAGACGUCCAAAACUCUCGAGUCACCCAAGACCUGACCUCAUUUAAACUUCUGCGGCACCUCCAGAGUCGCAUUCUUCAGCUUCGAGCAGAGAGCCAAACCCGCUGCCCCAGCCCGGUGAAGUGGGACAGGGAUCCCACAGACCUGGCUGCGUCUUAUUUGGACACGAUUGCUCCAGCCCAGGACAGCUAUAGGACAGAAGAUCACUUACUAGCAAAGACCAUCUCCAGUUAACAUUUACUUUCAGCACUAGAAUUUGUUCAUAAAUUGUUGAUUUUAUAGGAAAACCAUGUGCAAGUAAAAAUAAUUAUUAAAGGGAUAGUUCACCCAAAAAUUGUCCUU